UCAUUCUUCGGCAACUAGAAUGCAUCACUGUCCCUAGUACGUCAGCAAAUUUGCAGCCGUGCAGUGAACCAACCAAUGGAAACGAGAGCUGGUUUGCUUUGACAUCUGAGACCCCACGCAGAAGCUUAUCUAGACGUCCAUCCAACUAUAAUAAACUAGUAGUAUUUCCUCUCGGUCCUUGCGUGAUACAUUGGUUUAUUUCCCCCACCGCUUCUCUAUGACCACAAACCACUUCCUUUUUGCCAACUGCCGUUGCAACUUGCUAUAAUUGGCUGCCCUUACACGUGCUUCUGAUCUGGUCAUCAUCUACCUUAACAAGGCAAAAGGGGACGAGGAGGAGGAUCGGGGGGAGGAGACGGAGGAGGACCUCACGGGGCAAGGAGGAGGAGGAGGAGGAGCUGAUCCGUCAGGCAUGGGCAUCGCCGGCCUCCCUUCCGACAUCCUGGUGGAGGUGACUGCCAGAAUCGCCGGGGAGUCGACGACGCCCCUCGACGACAUCGUCAGCCUCAGGCGAUCAUGCAAGGUGUUCCGUGACGCAACGGCGGCCAGGGAGGUGGGCCGGUGCAUGGCGGUGGACAGGGAGUGGCGUCUGCACUGGUGGGACAAGGAGAGGUUCCUCUCGGUGCUCGGGGAGUGCGCGGCCACCGGCAACCCCGAAGCGUCCUACAUCCUCGGCCUGGAGGAAAUCUGCAACCGGAGGGGAAAGGAGAGCGGUCUCCGGCACCUCCACCACGCCAUGAAGCACGGCCAUGCCGUUGCGGCCUACACCAUCGGCAUGAUAAUGCUGCGCGACGCGUACAAUCUAGAAGGUAUCGAGGAGGCGAUGGGAUACUUGGAGGGAUGCUCUGCAGCAAGAACAAACAGCAAGAUCAAGAUUGCCUCCGUACGUAGAGAGGCCGCUUCGGUGGUGAGAAGGCUGACGAUGCGUCGCUGGAGGACGGCCGAGCCUGCCGCUCCCUGCGCUGACCCGCGGUGCGGGGAGAUGGAGACGACAGAGGCCUGGGACGAGGACGACGAACAGAGGAGGUUCUGCAGCCGUCUGUGUAGAUGGAAACAUGAAUACCGCAAAUUUGUGCAGAGGAUUUAACGAUUUGAUUGAUUAGUAGGCUGUCGGCCACUCUGCCGGCAGUAAAAGUUGUGAGACACAAUUACAGAUUUAUCACAAGCUUCUCCAGUUCUAGAUCUGCCAUUCCGACUUUUCUCGUUCCUAAUGGAAAGCUGGCUUAGCACUUUGCCAUCCCCGGUGGUUAGGUAGUGAUAUUUUCCUUCUGGGUCACUGGCUUGCGUGCAUCUUUUUGAGGCUGCGAUACGCUUGUAUUUAAUGACAUCAGUGCUUUUAUUUUGGCCAUUUUUGUGAACGCUGACAAGUUCCUGCUGUACAAAACAAUCAACUCAUUGUAGUGUCUCGAAGAAUACUUUUUGUUUUCACAUUUUUCA